GCCUCUGCAUUAUUACUAUUAUGACAAUUUUACAACUUGAAAAGCGCAACAUAAUAAGUACAGAUCCCAGCUUUGUACUAUUAUUAUUCCUUCUCUGAUCACUCAUCCCUCAACAGAGAUCACACAAAAAGCUUGGAAAUGGGUAUGGAAAAAGACAGCAAUGAUAUGGAGGAGGGAACUCUAGAGAUUGGCAUGGAGUAUAGAACGGUCUCUGGAGUUGCUGGACCUCUAGUUAUCCUUGAUAAAGUCAAGGGACCCAAAUAUCAAGAGAUUGUUAAUAUUCGGUUAGGUGAUGGAACAAUGCGACGUGGUCAGGUCCUAGAAGUUGAUGGAGAGAAAGCUGUAGUUCAGGUUUUUGAAGGAACAUCUGGAAUUGACAACAAAUUUACCACUGUGCAGUUUACAGGGGAGGUCCUAAAAACUCCUGUCUCAUUAGAUAUGCUUGGCCGCAUUUUUAAUGGUUCUGGGAAACCUAUUGAUAAUGGUCCGCCAAUUCUGCCUGAGGCUUACUUGGAUAUUUCAGGGAGCUCCAUCAAUCCCAGUGAGAGAACCUAUCCUGAAGAGAUGAUACAGACAGGGAUUUCAACUAUUGAUGUCAUGAACUCCAUAGCCAGAGGACAAAAGAUCCCUCUCUUUUCUGCUGCUGGUCUUCCUCAUAAUGAAAUUGCUGCUCAGAUUUGUCGUCAGGCUGGUUUGGUAAAGCGAUUGGAGAAGUCUGCAAACCUUCUCGAGGAUGGGGAGGAGGACAAUUUUGCAAUUGUUUUUGCAGCUAUGGGUGUGAAUAUGGAGACUGCACAGUUUUUCAAACGUGAUUUCGAAGAAAAUGGAUCAAUGGAGAGAGUGACCCUUUUUCUUAAUCUGGCAAAUGACCCUACAAUUGAGCGUAUUAUCACUCCUCGUAUUGCUCUUACUACAGCAGAAUAUUUGGCAUAUGAAUGUGGGAAGCAUGUUCUGGUCAUACUGACAGACAUGAGUUCUUAUGCUGACGCUCUUCGUGAGGUGUCUGCUGCCCGAGAAGAAGUACCUGGAAGAAGAGGGUAUCCUGGGUAUAUGUAUACUGAUUUGGCCACUAUAUAUGAGCGUGCUGGACGAAUUGAGGGCCGAAAGGGUUCCAUCACCCAGAUUCCAAUUUUAACUAUGCCAAAUGAUGAUAUUACACAUCCCACUCCAGAUCUUACAGGAUAUAUCACAGAAGGGCAGAUAUACAUUGACAGGCAGCUGCAUAAUAGACAGAUAUAUCCACCAAUCAAUGUUCUUCCAUCUCUGUCUCGUUUGAUGAAGAGUGCCAUUGGUGAAGGAAUGACUCGAAGGGACCAUUCUGAUGUGUCUAACCAGCUGUAUGCAAAUUAUGCCAUUGGGAAGGAUGUUCAGGCAAUGAAAGCUGUGGUCGGAGAAGAAGCACUUUCUUCUGAGGAUCUGCUCUACUUGGAGUUCUUGGAUAAGUUCGAGAGGAAGUUUGUGACGCAAGGUGCUUAUGAUACCAGAAACAUUUUCCAAUCUCUUGAUUUAGCAUGGACACUACUUCGCAUCUUCCCUCGUGAGCUUCUCCACCGUAUACCAGCAAAGACCCUCGAUGCAUUCUACAGCCGCGAUGCUAAUAAUUGAAGAAGAAAAUAGUACAACCUCACUUUGCUUGCUCAUGCAUUUUGUCUACAGUUUGUUCAAUCCACCAACUGCCUUUCCAAAUUAGUUUGUUUAUUUCCCCUAUCAAGCACAAAUAAUAAAAGUUUGUAUUUCAGUUGAGGCCCCAAAGUUCAUUUGGCUAGUAAAAGAAGCCAAAUAUUCUUUCAGCGAGUGCGGUUUAGAUCUUGAAAUUCAUGUAUCUUCUAUUUAUUAGUGGUUGACCUAGUUGUGGUUGGGAUAUGAUUUUCUGAAAAUGAAUCCAGGGCCUGGACUUGGAAGAGUUAGCUAGCA